AUGCUGAUCGUAUUUUAUAUGCUGCUGGGCUUCAGAGCUGGUCGAUGCACUGAUUAUGUGUUUUUUGGAACGAAGACUAUUGAUGUUGGAGAAAAUGUGACUCUGACAUGUGCGCGCCCGACAUCUGAAUAUGAAGCAACCUUGUAUUGGAUUAGGAUUAUUUCUGGAAGGUGGCCUGAAUUCUUGGGAGGAACAUUUACCUUUGAUUAUGAUGGUGUUAACAACACUACUCAUAUUACAGCAAAGCAAGAACCUGGAACCUUUAUUCUGGAAAUAAGUAAAACUAAGCUAAGUGAUACUGGUCUUUAUUACUGCAUAAAAGUGGACCAACUGGACAUGGAAUUUUUAAAUGCAACAUUUUUAAAAAUUAAAGGGCCAGAACCAGCUAUCACUGACAUCAUUCAGAUGUCUCAAUCUGGUCCCCUCCAUCCGGGAAACCCAGUGACUCUGCAGUGUUCAGUCCUCUCUAACCCAGAGAACAAUGCAUGUCCUCGAAAUCACAGUGUGUUUUGGUUCAGCACUAGAUCUGAUAACUCUCACCCCAACUUAAUUUAUGCUGAUGGAAACAGUGAUAAAUGUGAGAGGAGUCCAGAGGCUUCCUCCACACAGAAAUGUGUCUACAGCUUCUCCAAGAAUGUCAGCUCCUCUGAUGCCGGGUCGUACUACUGUGCUGUGGCCACAUGUGGACAUAUAAUCUUUGGAAAUGGAAUAAAACUGGACGUUAAAGUACUCAACAUGUGGGACUUGCAAAAGGCUAAUACAGUUCUAGUUCUAAUAUGUGCUGCUUUGGCUACAAGUCUGAUUGUUAUAGCCUUCCUGAUUUAUACCAUCAAGAAGAAAACAUCCAGUUGUUGGUGUGAUGUUGUGACAGGGAGUGGUGAUCAGCAGAGUCAGCAGACAGCAGUGAUUUACUCUGCCCCAAACAUCACCAUGAGGAAAAGCAGCAAAUUAGCACAAAGGAGUGAAAAAGCAGCAGAGGGGGAGACAGUCUACACAGAUGUCAGUGCUUUUGCAGUUGAGUAA